AAGAGCUCUUAAAUUGAUGCGCCGUUUCUCCAGCUCCUUCACUCGUCUUUGUAUUCCGUGGUCCGAACUUUGUUUUUUUGUGCAGGAGAGAUGAGAAGCAAAGAGUCUCGGCGAUCGCUUUCCCGAGUGACUAUUUCGGCGUGGUUAACUGAAGGAUCCAACAAACAUCAGCAACCCAGGAGUCAAUCGACAGAUUCUUAACGCCUCCCAUAGGCCAGCGGUUCCGUUUCCAUAGCAACCGAGACGCGGAGCACGCGCGCGGGGGCGGGAGGGGGGUCCCAGUCGCCAAGACCUGACCUGGUACUCAGGAAGUACUCGGGUGAGAGAGGAGCCUCUGUCAUACCCUGAGGCCAAGGGAACCACAUCCCGGGGCCGCGCACCGGGCCUGGCCUCCGGGACGCAGCAAGCUCGCCGGCCACGGGCAUCUCCAGCGGCGACAACUUCCGGCCUCGGAGCUCCCCCCCGCCCCCGUGGCUCGCCCGGGUCCUCGCUGUGGAAAGGUGACCGUGGCUGCCGCCGGGCCUGAGCAGACGUCGGGCCAGGGGCUGCCACGUCCUCGGGACGGCGGUGAGGACACUGCAGGGUGCUAGUGCUCGGCCAUGCGUCGUGCGGCGCCGCCGGCGGGGCCGGAGCGGAGGACGGCCAGGAGCGGGGCGCACCGGCGCGCGCGGGGCAGGCGCGGAGGCGGAAGUGAGGGCACGGCCUGCCUGGCCAGCCGUCUAGGAAGCCGCCGCCGGUCGCCCAGCGGGAGCAUUCGGAGCCCCGCCAGACCGUCGCCACUCAGCCUCGGAUGCCGGCGCGAUGCCUCUGUUCACUGCCAACCCGUUCGAGCAAGACGUGGAAAAAGCCACAAAUGAGUACAACACUACAGAAGACUGGAGUCUGAUUAUGGACAUCUGUGAUAGGGUUGGAAGCACUCCCAAUGGAGCAAAAGAUUGCCUAAAAGCCAUAAUGAAACGGGUAAACCAUAAGGUCCCUCAUGUUGCUCUUCAGGCAUUAACUCUUCUUGGGGCUUGCGUGGCAAACUGUGGAAAGAUAUUUCAUUUAGAAGUGUGUUCCCGUGAUUUUGCAACGGAAGUACGUGCUCUGAUAAAAAAUAAGGCUCAUCCUAAAGUAUGUGAAAAACUGAAAUCUCUAAUGGUGGAAUGGUCAGAGGAAUUCCAAAAGGACCCCCAAUGUAGUCUGAUAUCUGCAACUAUUAAAUCUAUGAAAGAAGAAGGAGUUACUUUUCCUUCAGCAGGUUCCCAGACUGUCUCGGCUGCUGCCAAAAAUGGUACAUCAUUGAACAGAAACAAAGAAGAUGAAGACAUAGCGAAAGCUAUUGAGCUGUCCUUGCAAGAGCAGAAGCAGCAGUGCGCAGAGACAAAGUCUCUGUGUCCACCUGCAGAGACGCAGUUAAAUAACAAGCCUGCGCGGAGAGUCAGAGCGUUGUACGACUUUGAAGCCGUGGAGGACAACGAACUCACCUUUAAACACGGUGAAAUCAUUACUGUUUUGGAUGACAGUGAUGCCAACUGGUGGAAAGGAGAAAGUCACCGAGGAAUAGGACUCUUCCCCUCCAACUUCGUGACGACCAACUUAAACAUAGAGUCGGAGGCAGCAACGGUGGACAAGUUGAAUGUAAUUGAUGAUGAUGUGGAGGAAAUUAAGAAAUCAGAGCCUGAGCCUGUUUAUAUAGAUGAGGAUAAAAUGGAUAGAGCUCUGCAGGUUCUUCAGAGCAUAGAUCCGAAGGAUUCAAAACCUGACUCCCAAGAUCUCUUGGACCUAGAAGAUACUUGCCAACAGAUGGGUCCAAUGAUAGAUGAAAAGCUUGAAGAGAUUGAUAGGCGGCAUUCAGAACUGUCUGAGUUGAAUGUAAAGGUCUUGGAAGCUCUGGACCUAUAUAACAAAUUGGUGAAUGAGGUACCUGUCUAUUCAGUCUAUGCAAAGCUUCAUCCAGCACAUUACUCAUCUACAUCCUCUGGGGUUCCAGUGCAGACAUAUCCAGUUCAGUCGCAUGGUGGAAACUACCUGGGUCAUAGCAUUCACCAAGUAUCUGUUGCCCAGAGCUAUGGCCUAGGACCCGAUCCUAUGGGCUCACUGAGAUCUCUGCCUCCAAAUAUGAACUCCUCAGUAACAACACACACUGUCCAAACUCCAUAUUUAAGCACUGGACAGGACACUGUUUCCAGCCCUUCUUACAUGAACCAGAGCCCUCAUCUUCCGUCAGCUGCUGGUCCAGCUGCUUACACACAGCCUGUGGGGAUGUCUGCAGACGUGUCCUCUUACCAGAGCACAGCCUCCGGUUUGCCACAGCUGCCUGGCUUUCCAGGGGCAGUUCCUGCACCUCCAGCCGCACUGCCGCCCACAAGUUACCACCAGCAGCCUCUCCUUUAGAGACACACCAGGGCUGUUGGAAGUCUUCUAGGUGUGUCACUCGACCCAGGGGAUUCUGAUCUGAAAUGCUCACUUUCCCCUCUCAGUCAAAAAGAACCAUGAAUAAUAAAGCACAAACCCCUACCUUACCCUGAAGGCCAUAAAAGGGUUUUUUUUUUCAGUCCAGUUCGCUCGAAGCUCAUCUUUUGAUCAGAGGCAGCUUAAAGAUGUUUCGGGUUAGUUUUGUUGAACUUUCUGGGCUCUCAGUGAGUAGCCUUAUAACACUACAAUGUAUAAGAUAGGAGUGUGAGACAUUUUCUGUAAGGAAAGCAGUUUCCUCCAAGAUGUGAUUUGAGGAGCACUAAGGACUUUUAAACAUUUUUGUCUGCAUUUUUUCCCCCCGACUUUCCCCCACUCUACUAUUUUAAAAGACAAACGUCUUUUAGUGUAGGCCUUUAGCUUGCCAUGCAUUUCCUUUGGGCUCCUUAAUCACAGCUGUGUGUGCAGUCCUGUCGGUUUGCUCGCAGUGUUGUGGUGAGUAAUUAGCAUAUGAUUGUCCACAGAAGCAAGAGCAUGUGGAAGGAACACAGUGUUUUCUGUUAGUAACAGUGAAAGCCAUGUGUCCUGUGGCGGUGGUGGGCCCAGGAGUGCCCCAAACAAUGGUAGCCUUCCCUGAGGAAGGCAUUCUGUCCCUGGUGUUUAGCGUUGCCACUGCUGACCUUUUCAGGUGACUUGGAUGUCUCCUGAAGGUGCUGUCCUUUGGCUUUCCUUCCUGCCAAGUCCUGCACUUCCUUCUUAGGGAUUAUCAGUGAACUUGAGCCAGGAGACUUUCUUCAUAAUCUGAUGGGAUAGAAAGUGUCAUGGCUGUGAAGUGUGAGGUGGGCGUGUUAUCUUCUUACAGAAGUGAUUGACAUUCCAUGGUAAGCUGUCAUCAUGCCAAGCUCUUGAAAGAAGUGUGCAUUUCCUCAGCAGUAACUGUGAGCCUUUGCAGGAACGGCAGGCAGUGGUUUAGUAGAAAGGAACAGGAGAGCUCCACGCUGUCUUUCUGAAGUCCGGUUUGAAAUUGGUUAAUAGUGCAAGAUCCCACAUACUGUGGGAGGGAGCUGGUGAUAACCUGAUAAAACUUUGCAAACUACCUAUUGUACCAAAUUUUUACAUAACAACAAACUAGAAAACAUAGAUGCACAUACUUCAGAUACAUGAUAUUUAGACUCGAAAAUGUUCCAAGCUUAAUCUUUUUUAAAAGUUAAAUCUUGCAUGAAUGAACUUCUAUAUAUUUUUUAAGCACUUAAUCUUUCUAUUAAAACUCCAUUGGAAGACAAUUUGGAAAUUUUGUCAUUCAUCUAUUUAUAAAUAUUUGAUAACAAUUAUGUUCUUUUUUCAAAGAAACUUUAUUCUAGAAUAUGCUACUGCAUAAAAUGGCCAACACUGAAGAGAACAGUCGGUCCCUGCAAGCCUGUGUUCUGGUAGGGUCUGGUUCAGUACAAGAGACUGGAAAGAGUUUCAGCUUUUCUCUGUAGCAUUUCCUUUCAGGUGAAUUUACUUAUGUACGUACAAGAAUGUACUGCAACACGGCACCUGACUUUUCUGGAAAAAUCUGUUCUUUAAAAAUUAAGGAAAUAGCCGGGCGGUGGUGGCGCACGCCUUUAAUCCCAGCACUCGGGAGGCAGAGCCAGGCGGAUCUCUGUGAGUUCGAGGCCAGCCUGGACUACCAAGUGAGUUCCAGGAAAGGCGCAAAGCUACACAGAGAAACCCUGUCUCGAAAAACCAAAAAAAAAAAAAAAAAAAAUUAAGGAAAUAACUGUAAAAGACUCCAGAGCUGCCCUUGAAAGUGUUUGCACACAUGGACACAUCUUACCUUUCUCUUCUGAACUGUGUAAUAAGCUCAUCUUAAUAUUUGUGCAUUUCAUGUUUAGUUCUUGUCUAAAUCAUAAAAGCUUUAUUCAGUGGAAGCUUUUCAAUCAGUGUAAAUACUGUGUACUCACUGAAUGGGGACCAGCCAGUAGAGCUCAGAUGUUUUGGAAUAAUAAGACUUGCAACAUGAUCUGUAUAUAAAUAGUAUAUAUUGGUGUCUGUGAAGUUUAAUAUAUGCAGAAGUUUCUUCCUCAAAAUAAUUUUAUUUUUUCCAUUCAUAAAUUUGUGUAGCAGAAUUAUUGAUAGCAUAAAAUGAAAUUAAAUCUGUAUUGAUCUGGUUUCAGUAUUAAUAUGAAAUGUAAAGGUAUAUUUUUUUCUUCCCACGAUCCUAUGAACUGUACUUAUUUUAAGAUGUUUGUAGUUAUUUAUUUUCUGCCAAAGGAAUAAUCUACCUUCACAUUUCUACAUUGGGUUCAUAUUUAAUGUUUUCUAACAAAAAUUUACAUUUCAUUUUUCAUAUAAAUCUUGAUAUAUUAGAAAGAUCCUUAAAAAUAGAAUUUAUAAGACAUCCCGUGAGUGUUAAAGUGGAAUAUAUUUGAAAAAUGAACAGUCAGCCAACGCUCUUUUUAUUUGGUAAUUUGUUUACAAAAUUACCUACACAUUAUCUUUUUACUUAGCAUUUAAAGAUGUUUUUCCAUCAUGCUAUUUCAAGUACUUGAUAUCUGACUGAUGAUUGUACUGUACACUGAAGAUGGUAAUAAAGUUUCAUCCACAUUUUGAAAAAUAA